AAAAUCCUCUCCAAACCACUAAAUUUUCCAAUUUUGUUCCUCAAGUAGCUUUGAAUCAUUCAACAUGUUCUUUCUCCAUCGUCCAUUACAGAGUCUCAGAGCAUAAUAUUUUCCCUGAAUCUAUUAAUAGUAAUAAUAAUUAAAAAAAAAACUCAAACUUCCAUUUUGUAUAUCGAAUCUCUUGAUAUCGACGUGCAAGUUUUUUCCACGUAAUUUCUGGGGGUUUUUUGUUUGCUUUGUUUCUGUAGUUGAAUUGAUCUUUUUCAUGAAAUUUUUAUUUUCUAAUUGUUUUUAUCGCAUUCUAUUAAUGUAAUGUUAAGCUUGUUUUUUGAUGAUUAGCUUUAUUUUAUAUCUUCAUGGCUAUAUUUUAUUUUACUUUUUGUUUUGUUUUAAUUAUAAGAAGGAAAUAAUUAGCUUUUCCUUUGCAUCGAAUGAUAACAAUGGUUAAUUGCAAGGAUCAAUUAAUUUCUGAAUAACUUUCAAUAUCAUUUCAGUUCUUCUCAUCAAUUACUGUUUUUCUGUACUUAUAUGGAUCAUGAAUUGAAUAUCAAAUUUUCUUUGUAGGUACAUUAUAUCAAUUUGGGUGGUAAAAUGGAACCCCCAAUUUCCCUAGUUCAGGAAAAGGUAAAAGGGUUUCUGAAUUAGGCAUUUUGUUUUCGAAAUUGGGGAAAUAGUUGGUUGUUUUUCAUGGAUUUAGAUGGAGAAUCUACAUGUAUUUUUCCAAUGGAGUCCUUUGUAUCUAAUGGUUUGGGAACUCAUUUGUUUUCACAUUUUAGUUCAUUUGUUGAUGGCUCUUUGUACUAUUCUAGACACUUGUAUUUACCUGGUAGUCUUGCAUUUCGAGAAGGUUUUAGUUGCGUGUCGAAGUUCGCCGGUUCACUGCUUUUUUGGUUCUCUAGUAUGUCGACUUCCAAUUUGGAUAUAUUGGCUAAUAAUCAACAUGGUUUGAAAUCUGGAAGUUGUAAAUCUUCAGCUCAGGUUAAGCAAAUUGCUUCUUAUAAGAAUAACCUUAUGGGAUUUCAUUUCGCUUGCGAAUCGAAAGGUCGAUCUGCCACCACACAUGUAUCAUUACACUUCUUCGGAGAAGCGGAAGUGCUCCGUUCGUUUCCUCUGCUUUCAUUAUCUGUUGCUCUUAUACCGCCAUUUGAUAACUUAUGUUCAAAGGUACUACCUGUUCCUCGGGAAAACACGGAUGUUGAAAUGCAAGAACACAAGGAUCGAAGGGCUUGUGAAGUUGGACAUCAAGGAUAUGGUAGUCCAUCUUUUCUAGAUUCAAAUUGGACACAACAUGCUGUUGAGCCCCGAACCGGCAUUGAGUUCCCAACAACAUUGGACAACGUAUUCGAUAGACAGAUUAAUUCCAGUUUAGCUUCUGAGGUGCUUGUUGGUACCGGAUCAAUUGCCAUAACGAUAAUCAAAAUCAAGUCUCUAGAGGUGUAUGCAUUUGGUUUUUAUAUUCAUCCAUUCUCCGUAUGCCAGAAACUGGGACCAAAGUAUGCUUCUAUUCCUGUGAAUGAACCGAACAAACACAAUGACUUUUAUCAGGAUCUUCUUAGAGAGGACAUUGGCAUGACUGUUAGGCUAGUGGUUAACUGCAAUGGGAUGAAAGCCAGUGCAGUAAGAGAUGAAUUUGAAAAAUCCCUUCGUGCACGGUUAGUAAAGACUAAUCCCGAUACCGAUUAUCAUUGCCUAAGUACAUUUGGCUCCUUAUUCACUCAAGAUAUCGCAUUGCCUGCGGGAACAGUGAUCGACUUUCAGCGGACAGCUGAAGGACAACUAGUUACCAAAAUUGGAGGUAACCACAUUGGAGUGGUUCAAAGCAAGGAUUUGUGCAGUAAGUAAAUGGGCUUUCUUCGGUAUGUACAUCGGAGAUGUCCCAGUAUCGGAACAAGCUAAAGAAAACAUUGGGCAAAAUGUUGCAAACAUUAUAAGGAGAUGCUGAGAUGGCUCUGUUUACCACAGCCAUUGUCUCAAAUCCUUUAAAAUGAGCAAAUAGCUACUACCAUGAGCACAACGGGACAGUGAAAAAUUCCGUGCGAACCACGCAAUGGGUUUGCUCGAGAAUUAUACGAAACAUAUUCUUUGUAGCUUUUAGGAUAAUCAUCAAUUAGAUAUGUAUAUCCCCAUUCUCUUCUUUAUACACAGUCAUGUUGUUAUUAUUAAGUUGCUAGCUUAAACCCGAAAGCUAGGUCGAAAUUUAUGAAGGUUUAGAUAAAAAUAUUAGGUUUGAGAGGGUUUAAACAAAAAAUUUAAAUCCAUUUAAAAUAUGGAUCGGUUUUGAGCUCAAGCAUGACUCCGUCUAUUUUUGAAGUUUGUAAUAUAUUAUAGUGUGUUAUAUUAUGUUAUUUUCAUA